CGGGUCUGGGUUUCCGGGCCGGCCUCCUGAGGCCGACGCACAACAUGGCGGCGCCGCUCGUCCGCCGGGGGGUUGCGGGCUGAGGCGGGUUAUUGAGUUGUGGCACGGGGAAGGGGACCCUAGAUAGGCCUCGCUCAGGUGACAGGUGGGCGGGCAGCGCCGCUGGCCCCGUGGCGGUGCAUGGCCUCCUCGUUGCUGUCUCCUGUUUUUACUGCCUCCCAAACCCAGUCCCGGGGCGGAACCAAAGUAAGGUCAGGCCAGGCUGUCCCGCCUAUCUUCGUCCUGGGGCGGUUCUCGUGAGUGGCUCACUUUUAGAAUUGACUUUAGCCACGUGUAGCUUCCAUGGCUGCGGUACAGGCCCCGGGGGAGAAGAUUAAUAUCCUGGCAGGAGAGACGACCAAGGUCGGGGACCCGCAGAGGAAUGACGGGCCGGAGCAGGACAGGCUUCCAGAAAGAUCCUGGAGACAGAAGUGUGCCUCCUAUGUGUUGGCCCUGAGGCCCUGGAGCUUCAGUGCCUCACUCACCCCUGUGGCCCUGGGCAGUGCCUUGGCCUAUAGAUCCCAGGGUAUCCUGGAUCCCAGGCUGUUGUUGGGUUGUGCAGUGGCUGUCCUGGCUGUGCACGGGGCCGGCAAUUUGGUCAACACUUACUAUGACUUUUCCAAGGGCAUUGACCACAAAAAGAGUGACGACAGAACUCUGGUGGACAGGAUCUUGGAACCCCAGGAUGUUGUUCGGUUUGGAGUCUUCCUCUACACUUUGGGCUGUGUCUGUGCUGGUUGCCUCUACUACCUGUCCACUCUGAAGCUGGAGCACCUGGCUCUCAUCUACUUUGGAGGCCUGUCUGGCUCCUUUCUCUACACAGGAGGAAUUGGAUUCAAGUAUGUGGCACUGGGAGACCUUGUCAUCCUCAUCACUUUCGGCCCGCUGGCUGUGAUGUUUGCCUACGCUGUCCAGGUGGGAUCCUUGGCCACCUUCCCUCUAAUCUACGCCAUCCCUCUGGCCCUCAGCACGGAGGCCAUUCUCCAUUCCAACAACACCAGGGACAUGGAAUCUGACCGGGAGGCCGGCAUCGUCACGCUGGCCAUCCUCAUCGGGCCCACUUUCUCCUAUGUCCUCUACAACACGCUGCUGUUUCUGCCCUACCUAAUCUUCACCAUCCUGGCCACGCACUGCAGCAUUAGCCUGGCGCUGCCCCUACUCACCAUCCCUAUGGCCUUCUCCCUUGAGAGGCAGUUCCGCAGCCAGGCGUUCAACAAGCUGCCCCAGAGGACAGCCAAGCUCAACCUCCUGCUGGGGCUUUUCUAUGUUUUUGGCAUCAUCCUGGCACCAGCAGGCAGCCUGCCCAGACUCUGAGGAGACCAGCAGCUCCCACCACAGCACAGCCUCCUUAGGAGGUACAGAAGCCAGAGGCUAAGAAGGGGUGCCACUGACCAGGGUGCAUGCCCAGCAUAGGCUGCAAAGUCCUGCCCUUGUGUUGGAAUUAUCUUCCUAAAGAUAAUCUUCUUGUGAUUAGUGUCCCAUGUUAUGGGGAACCCUGAAACCACUCUAGUGUCUAAAGAUGAAUUGGGCACACAGUCCCUGUGUUAUUUAUAAUCUCCACUAGAGGGUGUCGUCAGGCCACUUUAGGAUGGAGGUUCAUUUCCCCACUUGUUCUAGACAGAAUGCCCUGACAGUUUGUGAUGGAGCUGUGUCCCAAAAGAGCCAUAGUGACUAGGCAUGGUACUGCCCUGUUACCUUGGCACGUAGGAAAUUGUACUAAUUGGUGCCAGGUCCCAUUUAUACAGAGCACCUGUCCCCUGAAUGUGCUGCCUGCUAGAGAAGGGCCCUCAUUAACAGCAUGUGCUCCUGGCUUUUUGUGUAGUUGGUGGUUCCGUCGUUUCUGUCCUUCAUGUCUCCUGUCACUCCUCACCACUGUGCAGGAAAGUGUCAGAUCACCCUGCAGCAAGACAGUUAAGCCUGGGGUGGCUGAGAAAAGCGCUCCGAUUUCAAUAAAACCUGGCAUGGGGUGGAGUGAGGGGGCUGCUUCCCUCUGUAGACUCCACUAGGAUGGCAGUAAUUUUUGGGACCUGAAGUGGCAGUGGGAUGGGCAUUUAGAGCCCACUGGGGUGUCAAAGCCCCAGCUGUCUCCCCUGGUAUUCCUCUUGCCUACCCAGCAUCUCUGUCCCUCCAUCUGGGUCCAGACUGUGAGCAACAGUAACACAUGAGUCAGGGACACUUACUUACCCCAUCCACAGAGCCACAAGAUGGGCAAAGCAGAGGCCUUCUGAAUGUACGAGCCAGUGGACAACAGCCCUGGCCACACUCAGCCAGAACGAGAGGCCCUGCCAGUGAAAGAACUAUGAACAUGGGUCCUUCAUCUCUCUGUGCUCUGUUACCUUGUUCAGGGUGUGGCUUCAGUGAGGUCACAUCCUAAGGAGCAGAGGUAUCUCACUCUCUCCUGUACUCUCUGAGUAUAACGUCCUGCAUGGAGAUUGAUCACACCAUCUCCAGUGUGCUUUACUCUGAUCAGCUGUCCAGGAGGGGCUGCAGGCUUCUAGCCUACAGAAAACUACAUUGAUUUAGCACUUGGUCAGUUCCUUGGGAAAACAUAUUUAAACAUUGGCCAGAGUUCCUCUAUAGUCAGGGUGGUUUGUCUACCAGAGAGCCAGCCGGGGUCCCUGUGCUUGGAUCAGGGUGCAGAAACCUAGGAAAGGAAUGUUCUUUCCUGUGCUCCCCAGCAUGCUGGGUUUGUGGCAUCUGGUGCUCUUGAGUGUCCUGCCUAUGACCCCUGCUUGGGGCUGAUCAUUGUCACCCAGAGCCUGUAGGACCAAUGACUCUCACUGUCCAUAAGCCAGGCUUGACACAUGGCUACCCUCAUCAGAGUAGUGUCUACACAGAGCUCUGGUGCAGAUUUUAAAUGACUUUUUUUUAUAUCCCAUCCCCAGAGGCCAUAUUUGGUGCCACAUUUUGUAUACAGACCACCAUAAUUUGUAUUAUGUCUCCGAUUCAAUGAAGGUUUCCUGUAGAUUUGUUAAUUAAAAUAAGAGAAAACGUA